GUAGCACACACUGAACAACACAGUGUUCAUCAAUCCAUUUCUCUACCACAUCAAUUCUCCAUCAAAUUCUCGAUCCAUAACCCCUUUUUUCACAUCCCCAUCAAUUCAGAUCUCAAUCGGUACAAUUCAAUUCAAUAAUCAUCAACCCAGCAAACUGUUAUUCCCUCCGCCGGUUUCAUGGCUUCCCCUAGAAAUCAAAAUCAACAAAAAGGAGGCGCCGGCGGUGGCGGUGGAGGUGGAGGAGCUUUCGAUGUUCAACGAUUGUUCAACCCAUCUGUAUCUUCUUCUCCUUCAUCACAAAUCACAACUCUCCAAAACCCCAACAAUCCUUAUCUUCCGCCUUCUUCCGCCGCCGCUUCUUAUCCUCCACCCACCGUCACCGGCGGACCUUACUCUUACAAUCCUCCUCAAGCUAAUAACCCUAUGUUCCAUCAUCAAUUUCAUAUUCCACCACCCCCUUUUCCCCCUCAAUCAGACAACCACUUGCAUUCUAACCUCCCACACCAGCGAUCCCUUCCUUAUCCUGCAUCUCCUCUUCAACCUCCUAGCCCUAACAAUACGAACCCUAACCCUAACCAUGGAGCUCGACUCAUGGCUCUUUUAAGCUCCCCACUGCCUUCAACUCCUGAUAUGCCACCCCAAUUACCUCCAGCCCCUACUCAAAACCUUAAUUUUAACGCUGUGCUUCCUUCAUCGGCGCCAUUGUUACCUUCUGGAGCUGGUCCUUUGCGGAUGCCGAGUAGUAAGCUACCAAAAGGACGGCAUUUAGUCGGUGAUCAUGUUGUUUAUGAUAUUGAUGUUAGGUUGGCUGGAGAGAUUCAGCCUCAACUUGAGGUUACUCCCAUUACCAAAUAUGGUUCGGAUCCUGGUCUGGUGGUGGGUCGACAGAUUGCUGUUAAUAAGACUUAUAUAUGUUAUGGUUUGAAACCGGGGACUAUAAGGGUUCUUAAUAUAAACACUGCAUUAAGGUCGCUGCUUAAAGGUCUUGCUCAGAGGGUUACAGAUAUGGCUUUCUUUGCAGAGGAUGUUCACCUUUUAGCCAGUGCAAGCAUGGAUGGGCGAGUUUACGUGUGGAAGAUUACAGAAGGACCUGAUGAGGAUGAUAAGCCACUGAUUACAGGAAAGAUAGUUAUUGCCGUACAAAUUGUAGGAGAAGGAGAACCCUUUCAUCCUCGAGUUUGUUGGCACUGCCAUAAACAAGAAGUUCUUGUGGUUGGAAUUGGCAAGCGGAUUCUUAGACUUGAUACUACAAAGGUUGGUAGAGGGGAAGCAUAUACUGCAGAGGAACCUCUCAAAUGUUCUGUUGAUAAGUUGAUUGAUGGAGUUCAGUUUGUUGGUAAGCAUGAUGGUGAAGUGACGGAUCUCUCAAUGUGCCAAUGGAUGACAACUCGUUUGGUUUCUGCUUCGGUAGAUGGAACGAUAAAGAUCUGGGAAGAUCACAAAUCGUCACCAAUUGCAGUACUGAGGCCAUACGAUGGUCUUCCUGUGAACUCCGUUACAUUCUUGACUGCUCCUCAUCGGCCAGAUCACAUCAUACUUAUCACUGGGGGUCCGUUGAAUCGUGAAGUGAAAAUAUGGGCCUCGGAAAGUGAAGAAGGAUGGUUGCUUCCAAGUGAUGCGGAUUCAUGGCACUGUACUCAAACGUUGGAAUUAAAGAGUUUUGCCGAACCGAGAGUCGAAGAUGCGUUUUUCAAUCAAGUGGUUGCGUUAUCUCAAGCUGGUCUUCUCUUACUAGCAAAUGCCAAAAAAAACGCCAUUUAUGCCGUACACUUGGAAUAUGGUCCCAAUCCAGAAUCGACCCGAAUGGAUUACAUUGCCGAAUUCACCGUCACUAUGCCGAUAUUGAGCUUUACCGGCACUAGCCAUCUAUUACUACAUGGGGAGCACAUUGUUCAGGUUUAUUGUGUCCAAACACAAGCCAUUCAACAAUAUGCUUUGGACUUAUCUCAGUGCCUACCACCGCCGAUUUAUGAUGUUGUGCAUGAGAAAUCCGGUUCGACCGAAGGUUGUAGUGGCUCGGAAACUUCUGGAGGUAAAUUGGAUGAGAUUGGCUCGGAAGGUGCACCUACAUUGAGCCAGCCCGUCAGUUCGCCUUUGACCGAUGUUGCCAUCUCGAAGGGACUUUUUACAUCAGGUGCUGAAGCGAAAUCCAUCCCAUCUCCGAUUGCUAACGAUACUGAUAUCUCGUGUGUUGUAUCACCAACUGUUCCGACGAGCCCUAAGUUGUCGGGAAAAUUAUCAGAUUUUAGAAGUCCGUCUAGUGGUUUUGAGCCUCGUAAUCAACUAAAUGGUUAUGGCGAUCAGAAGAUUAUGGAAUUGGAAGCUGCUCAUUCGAACCUAUCUAGUGUGGUUUCGUUGGAUGAUGAUAUAAGGACCGAAAACAAAGUUGCAAAAGAUGAUGGUUCCACCAUCCCUGAUCGAACAGUCAAGUUUAAGCAUCCAACUCAUCUCGUAACUCCUGCCGAAUUGAUGGCCACAUCAUCCUCUGAAGUCAAUCAUGUUACGGAUGAUGUGGCAGUAAACUCCGCUACAAAGAAUGUUGAGGCGGAGAUUAAGGUUAUGGGCAAAAUGGGAAUUAGUCAAAAUGCCGAUUCUGCUCUCCAAGGUGAAUUGCAUGGUUCGGCUUUUGAAGUGAAGGAAAAAUCUUUCUCGUCACAAGCAUCGGGUCUUGGGCUCGAUAUGGCACGAGAUAACCAUGUCGAACCUCGGGAAACUUAUAUGGUUAAGGAGUCGAAACAACUUAAUGAGAUUGUAGAAAGCAAGGUGGUGGAUCAAACUUCCGAUGCUCGGGAUGACGGUCAAGACACGGCAACUGAUCUAUCAGGACCUGUCCAGCCGACCGUGCCAGGAAUGGUUCAGUCGGCGGCUCCCACUUCGAGAGCCAAAAAACAGAAGGGAAAGAAUGUUCAAACAUUGAGAGCCUUAAAGUCGAUUGAUUCUUCCGAUGAACUAGGAGCGAGUUCAAGUAUUCCCUCGGCGGAAGCCAUACUUUCACAAAUUCAGUCCAUGCAAGCAACAAUUAAUCAGGUUUUGAUCAGUCAAAAGGAAAUCCAAAAGCAGAUUCCCGUGAUGGCUGCUAGCCCAAUUACGAAAGAAGGGAAAAGAAUCGAGGCAGUCGUUGGCAAGAGCAUGGAGAAAAUAUAUAAAGCUAAUUCCGAUGCUUGGUGGGCUCGUACUCAAGAAGAAUUUGCGAAACAGGAAAAAACCAACCGAGACCGCCAUCAGCAAAUUUCAACUUCAGCCUCAAAUGGCCAUAAAGAUUUGCUUGCUGCAUCGGAGAAAUCGAUGAAGAAGGAAAUGGCUGCAGCCGUGUCGGUUAUUGGGCGCUCUGUUACUCCAGUUAUCGAGAAGGCAGUCUCCACAGCUGUUUCGGAGUCUUUCCAGAGAGGCAUAGGUGAUAAGGCUGUAAAUCAACUGGAGAAAACGGUGAAUUCUAAACUCGAAGCUAACGUUUCUAGGCAAAUUCAAGCUCAAUUUCAAACUUCUGGCAGACAAGCUCUGCAGGAAGCAUUGAAGUCGAGUAUGGAGGCUUCAGUUAUUCCUGCCUUUGAGAUGUCUUGUAAGACCAUGUUUGAUCAAGUUGAUGCUACAUUUCAGAACGGAAUCGUUGAACAUACAAGUGCAGCUCAGCGGCAAGCUGAAUCCGUGCAUUCGCCUUUGGUGUUUGCUUUGAGGGAUACCAUAAAUUCGGCAUCAUCUGUGACUCAAAUACUAAGCAAUGAGUUGAGUGACGGUCAAAGGAAAUUGAUGGCUCUUGCAGUUGCCGGAGCAACUUCUAAAUUGGUAAAUCCAUUGAUAAGCAACGGGCCUUCAGGUGGUUUCCACGAGAAGAUUGAAGCUCCGGUGGAUCCCGCAAAAGAGCUAUCGAGAUUGAUAUAUGAGCACAAAUACGAGGAGGCUUUUACGACCGCCCUGCAAAGAAGUGAUGUUCAAAUUGUUUCUUGGUUAUGCUCUCAGGUUGAUCUACAGGGGAUAUUAACGAGAAAUCCCAUCCCUCUAAGUCAAGGCGUACUGCUAUCUUUGCUACAGCAGUUGGCAUGUGAUAUUGUGAACGAUACAUCAAAGAAGCUCGGUUGGAUGAUGGAUUUGGUUGUGGCCAUAAAACCGUCGGAUGGUAUCAUCGCGAUGCACGUAAGACCGAUAUUUGAACAAGUGCAGUCGAUGCUAAACCAUCAGGCGAGUCUUCUUCCCACGACUUCAGUUGCGGAGCUGUCGAGCAUACGUGUCGUGAUGAAACUCGUCAACUCAACGCUUAGGAGCCUGUAACGAAUCUAUAAGAGGAAAUUUUGUACAAAUCUGUAUUAGUUUUCUGGUUUAACCUCUCCCCACAUUACAUGGAUGUAUGGAUUGGGGGUUAUCCUUUGUAUCGGACCGGUUUUAUUUCAAGUUUCUUGAUCUUUUUUUAAA